GGCGGACCGGAUCAUAGAGAGGAUUAGGGAAAUGCGGCAUCGGCAUCAUCCGAUGAAAUUCUCUAGGCCGCAACUCUCGGUUGAUGAAUUUUUCCAUUAUUUGUUCUCCGGCGAGCUUAAUCCUGCCAUCCGAUCUCAGCGCCCCGAUGCUGUGUAUCCGAGCACCCCGACACUGCAUAGUUUGGUGAAAAAGAUAGAUUCAUCGGCACGACAAUGCUGCAAGGGGGGGCUGUGGUGCUCUAGACACUAGCGCUGCGGAACUUUCAUAUAGACAUGAGAAUUAAGAGCUGCAGAGCUCCAACUUGGCACCGCUGCUCUACAAGGCUUAGAUAGCAAUUUUUUUUUUUCGUUUUUCAUUAAAAGUUGCGUCACUUGGUGGUUGUUGUGUAUCUCUUUGUUUGUUCUUGUGUAAGAACGGUGCUAAAGAGAAGAGAGACAAGAAGAGAGUGGGAAAGAAGAAAUAGCUAUACUAUUCAUCCCAAUUUUCACAGUGGAUUUCUUGGUUCACCAAGAUAUGACGGCACCCUUAUCCCAUUAUUUCAUAUAUACUAGUCAUAAUUCAUACUUGAAAGGGAACCAACUCAGUAGCGACUCCAGUGAUGUUCCUAUAAUCAAAGCAUUGCAGCGAGGUGUUAGGGUAAUUGAACUGGAUAUGUGGCCAAAUUCCAAAAAGGAUGAUAUUGAUAUUGUCCAUGGAAGGACACUGACUUCUCCAGUACCACUCAUCAAAUGUUUGAGAUCUAUCAAAGAGCAUGCAUUCACGGCUUCUCCAUACCCAGUUGUAAUAACUCUAGAGGACCAUUUGACUUCAGAUCUGCAAGCUAAAGUGGCCGAGAUGGUCACUCAAACAUUUGGAGAUAUGCUUUAUUAUCCUAAAAGUGAAUCCAUGGAGGAACUCCCUUCUCCAGAAGCUCUAACAAGAAGAAUCAUUCUGUCAACGAAACCUCCAAAAGAGUACCUUGAAGCUAAGAGUCAAAAGGUCAAGGAGACUGGAUCUCAGAAAAGAAAGGAAACAGUUGAGGAAGAUUCAUGGGGAAAGGAGGUCACUGAUUUUACAGACGAACUCCAUUAUGAUAACAAGGAUGAGCAGGACCAAGAUGAUGAAGAUGGCGAUGAUGAUGGUGGUGCUGAUGAUGAUGAUAGCAAAUUUGGGCAGAGUGCAGCCCCGGAAUACAAAAAACUAAUUACCCUAAGGGCUGGCAAACCAAAGGGUCGUUUAGUCCAUGCACUUAGGGGGGACCCUGAUAAAGUUAGACGCCUUAGUUUGAGCGAGCAACAGCUUGAAAAGUUGGCAGCAUCCCAUGGAACUGAAAUAGUUAGGUUCACUCAGAAGAAUAUGCUCAGGAUAUAUCCUAAAGGUACACGUGUCACUUCCUCUAACUACAAUCCAAUGCUUGGAUGGAUGCAUGGUGCUCAAAUGGUUGCCCUUAAUAUGCAGGGAUAUGGAAGGUCAUUGUGGUUGAUGCAAGGAUUUUACAGAGCAAAUGGGGGUUGUGGAUAUGUAAAAAAGCCUGGUUUCUUGAUGAAAGGUGAACCAUAUGGUGAAGUAUUUGAUCCAAAAAGAAUCUUACCUGUGAAGAAAAUCUUAAAAGUAAAAGUAUACUUAGGUGAUGGAUGGCUCAAGGACUUUAAAGGGACCUACUUCGACAAUUAUUCCCCGCCUGACUUCUAUGCAAGGGUUGGUAUAGCUGGAGUACCAGCUGAUUGCAUAAUGAAGAAAACAAAGAUUAUAGAAGACGAAUGGGCUCCUGUUUGGGACGAAGAGUUCGUCUUUACAUUGACAGUGCCUGAACUCGCCUUGCUUCGAGUCGAGGUACACGAGUAUGACAUGUCUGAUAAGGAUGAUUUCGGAGGGCAGACUUGUCUGCCAGUGUUAGAAUUGAGGUCUGGAAUUCGUUGUCUGCCACUUUGUGAUCGCAAGGGAACCCAGUAUAAUUCUGUAAGGCUUCUUAUGGGGUUCAGCUUCUCUUCAGAAUCAGGUGCUCCUUACUAUUAGAAGAAUAAGGUGUUGUGUUUUUCUCUUCAAUAUGUUGAAUUACAUUGUUUUAAAAUAUUGUAGAAGGUUUUGGAUUGGGAAUAUUGUAUACUAAUAUUUGUACAUAUAUUACCUUUCAGGUGCUAAAGAUAUUACUAAUUUGAGCAUAUUGUUAGAUUUUUUUAAGAAGCUCAAA